GUGAAAAUAAUUGGAUAAUGAAACAAUGGAAAUUCAGCUAAUUUUAAGACAUAAAUAUAUGUAUUUAGACUUACAGAAGCAAUCCUAUUGAUUUUUCACACAAAUAUCCUCGUAAUACCGAUUUGUUUAAGCGCAUUACUAAUAUAUGAAGUACAUACAUACAUACAUAUCGUCACCUGAAAUGCAAAAUAACGUAUCAUCAAAAAAUUCGAAAUUGAGUGUCUUAUUGAUUAAGCUUCACUACUUCAAAUUACAUACAUAAUAUUACAUAUGUUCAACAUUUGCAGGUUCUGCGGUCAGAUAUAAACCAGUUUUAACUAAUAUUAAAACUUUGAUUCACUCAUGUUCCAUUUUAUUUCAUGUUUCAUUCAUGCCACUGUAAAUUUCCGAAAAUGUUGUUACGUUAUUUUGCAUUUCAGGUGACGAUAUGUAUGUAUGUAUACAGAUAUGUACGAGUACAAAUUGAAUUAAAUUAGGGUUUUUCUCAAUGUUUCUUAACGAAAUAUUCUUUCUUUUAGUUUCAAAUUUAUUGUUUCUUUGGGAGUAUUUAUGCAACAUUUUUGAGAUUUUUCUCCUUGUUUAGGUUUAUAAAUCAUGUCAUUUGUCAAUGAGCAAAAAGAUUGUGAAGAUACAAACAAAGAUCUUUCAGAACAGUUCAGACAUCAUGUGUCUGAACGAGUGAAAUUGUAUGAGGCUAGCAUGAAAGGAUCAGGUUCACCAGCUAAAAUAAACAUUAACAAAAACAACAAUAUUCGCCAUGUGGUGCCAGUAGGUGUAUUGAUUGUAUUUUUUACAUUGUAUUUAACAACAACAGCAAUUCAAUUCAAAUACUUGAGUUAUGGUAAUCCAGAAGAUGAGAAAAAUAGUGAUUUUGGUAAUACUUUAAAAGACCAAGAAAUGCAAACAGAGGAAACAACUAAACGAAUAAAAAUACUUGAAAAACUAUUGGAAUACAAAGACCUGUGCACUGAGUUAGAAGUUUUUACAAAGGAUUUGCGUUGGGUAAACGAGAUUAUCGAAAAAGAAAAUCAGUUAAAAGAAAUUGAUACUGCAUGUGAACAGAUAACUGAAGAAUCGGUUUUAAUAAACUUAAAUGUUGAGAAUGGUGAAAACCACGAUCAGAAAGAAUCAAAACAUAGAGACAUAGUUGAUUUACAACAUACUAAUAAAGAUAAAAGCGAAAUUCCGCCACAAAUCGAUGACAAAAAUGCUAAGAAUAAUAACAGCACGGUCAUCAACAAUAAUAAUAAAAAGGAUCAAUCAACGGCAAAAAAAUCAAACACUGCAGAACCCAUCAUCUAUAUGUUUGCAUUGGUGUUUAUAUAUUUGCUGUUAAAAGCCGCUUCAGACAUAAAUCAGCAUUACAAAUCGCAAAACAAAGGCGACAAAAGGUUACGACGUUGCUCCUUGCAAUCUUACGCUCAGACUCAUAAACAAGACCGUCGAGCUUCAAAAGACUCUUCAAGUAGCAAAUCAAAAAAAGAAUCACUAUUGGAAAUGCGAUCACAAUCCGUAGAUCGUUUCAAUGACACUACAAUGAAAAAAUCUGUAAUACUUUCCAAUUUACGGAAAUUCACAUCUUUCGACGAGCAUAAGCGCAUAGCAAAUAUACAAUGCAGAAUCCAUGGUCUACCAUUGCGGCCAUCGAGGGAAAAACAGAGUUGUGGUGAAAAUUCAUCUAAUCCUUUGGAAUACACUCCGCCAAAAAUCUCUGGCCGACGUUGCUCGGUGCCAAUUUCAUUAAGUUUCCAACGUCACAACGUAAAAGUCGUCGCUUUGCCGAUUUCGAAUCUGGCUCGUCGUACAUCUUUAUCCGGCGCACAUAUUGGUCUGGAAACUAAUUUGAUUGACCAUGGACAAGAUAUACCAUUUCAUGAAGUUAAACGACGUGUUCGGAUGAUAAAUCGCCACUAGAAACUAAAACGAUUCAAUUCCAAAA